AUGCACUUAGAACUUGCUGUAAAUUUUGAUUCAAAUAUAGCUAAAUGAAGAUGAUGAAUAUAUACGAUUAUAGAAAUUAUCAAUUGCAAUAAAGGAAAUCACAUAGAGUUUACCUAAUUAAAAAUAAUUUAAAGACAUUUCAACAUUGAAGUUAUGUAUAUAUAUAUUAAAGUAUUCUAAGUAAUAUGUGCUUAUCCAUUUUAACAACAUAGUGUGGAAUUACUUAUUUCAAUUCUAUUUGAUAGAUUUAAGGAUGGAUAAUUUAUUUCUGCAUUCCACUAAGCUUGUUUAGAAGUAUCUUAACUCUAAGAACAAAGAGCUUUAUUAAGUUAAAGAUCAUUCUCUCUUAAAUCUUCAAGACUUACUAAUAUGUAUUUAUAUAUAUAUAUAACUUUAGGUAAAAUACAUCAAUAGAUUCAAGAAAGAGUUCAUAAAAUGUGUCUUUUGCAAAAGCAGUAAUAGAAAAAUUACUGAUGGCUAAAAUGUUUAGUACUCGAUACUUAAAACAAUUAUUUUUGUAGGCAAAUGAGUUAAAAAUGGACUUAGAAAAGAUGGCAAAAAUUUUCAAAAUAUUUAUAAUAAAUACAAAAGAUCAAGAAUUUAGAUUAAAAAUUAUAUCUAUAUUUGAUGAAUGUAAAAAUGAUAUAUUUGGAAAUCGUUAAUGGGUAGCUACAUAUUAUGAAGAAAUAGAUUAAUGUAAUAAACUAAUUAUUAAUAAUUUAGUCUUUUUAUAAAAUCAUGUAUAAAGUCCAAGUAAAAUACCUGACUUCAUUCCAGAAAGAAACACAAAAAUAACUUUUUAAUUAAAUGAUGAUCCUUUAAAUUAUGAUAGUGAUGAUAGUUAAGAAGAAAGUAUAGAUAAUUAAAUUUAAAAAUGGCUUUGUGAAACUAAUACAUAUGAUAUACUAGAAAGAGAGGACAUUUUCAAUAAACCAGAAAAUUAUGAUGAAAUUUUAAAAUAUAUUACUUAACCUGAAAAAGUGGAACUUCAUAAAAUAUGGGUAUAUAUAUAUAUAUUAAUAUAAUAUUAGACAAAAUAUGCUGAUAUAAACAUAUAAAAUGAUGAUCCUACUUAUUAUAAAUUGAUUGGAAAAUCAUUAAAAUAAGAAGAAACUAUACGUUCAUAUAAAGCUCUUUAAGUGUUGAUUAAGGAAGACAAUUUUUAAUUUUUCGAUUAAUUUAUUAAAUAAAAUGUUAUUUAGAUAUGUAUAAUAAUAUUUAGAUAAUUUUUAGUUAAUGGAAUUUAUGAAUUUGUUAAUGAUUAGAAUUAGAAUGCAAAUCUUAAUCAUAUUGCAAAACUUAUAGAAGUAACAUUAUUAAGACAACCAAAGUUAAGUGUAGUUUAAAUAGUUGAUUUAAAUCUUUAUUUUUCAUUAAGUCUCUACAUCUACAAUUCUAUGAUACAGUAAAUUUUAGAGAGUAUAAUAUAUAUAAAUAUUAUCUAGAUAUAAUUAAUAUUAAAAUAGACUAUUAUUAAUUAGGGUAUUUCUUUUAGGAAUAAAUAUGGAAAUAUAUAUGUAAAACAGAAUGGUUUAAAUUUAUAGUUUAAUUGGUUUCUAAAGAAGGUGUUAAUUUAAAUAUUACAGAUAAAUAAACAAAAACUGAAGCUACAAUUAGUAUUUUAUCAAUACUUAAGACACUUUCAUAAUAUGAUAAAAAGUAAAUUAAUUCAUCAUCUAUUAAUACUGACGAUAAGGAAUAAUUAACUAAUUUAUUGGGUGUAUUAUAACCAGGUAAAAAUCCUGAAUUAUAUUAUACAACAAAUUAAUUCAAUUGGUAAUUAAAUUAAGAGAUUAAUGAAUAUAUUUCAGCUAAUGAAUUUGAUAAUAAAGAUUUAGAUAAUCUAAAUUAAUUUAUAUAAGAAAGAAAGAAUAAUACUUAAAUUAAAUAAUAUUAUAUAGAUUUAAGAAAUUCUAAAAUGAGAAAAUCAUCUAACUAACCAUAAAUUGAAAUAUUAGAAUAAGAAUAAAUUAUAUUAACUAAAUCUAUUGAAUCUCCAGCAACAAAUAGAAAUACAAGAACUAAAAAUAAUAUUAUUAUUAGUACAAGAAAAAGUUAAUCAAAAGGAAUAUCUAAAUUAACUUAAUCUAAUUCUUUAUAAUCAUCUCCAACUUAACUUGUAGAAUCACCUUAUUUAGAAUCACAUGCAAAAACUUAAGUUUAAGAUUCAAUAGAAGAAACCUAUUCCACUAGUUUUAAAAGAUAAUAAUAAAAAUCUAUAUUUUUAUAUCAUUAAUCUAAAUUUAGACAUAGAACAGAAGCAAAUUUUACUAAUGAUGGAUUUUCUAGUUCAAGACUUAAAACUAUUUAUCCUAGUUAUAAAACAUCUAUUAAAAAUACUUAAUAUGAAAAUUAACUUGAAUAAUUAUAAAUAGAUUAUAAAUACUAUUAAAAAGGUAUAAGAUUAUUACAUGAAACUACAAAAUCAAUAAUACAAUAUCUAAAAUAAAAUAAUGAUAAAAUUAAAUCAGCUUUAAGUAAAUUAGAUAUAUCUAGUAUGUCUAAAUGUUUCUUAAAUUAAAAUUUGUUUGAUAGAUAUUUUUAGAUAUAUAUGCUUAAUAUUUUAGAAAAUUAACCAUAUGAUUCUAAUCUAUCAGAUGAAUGUGGAAUAUUCAUUAAUUAUAUAUUUGAAAAUGUUUUAGAAAUGAAAUCUCUAUAUGAUAGUUAAAUUGAUUUAUGCAAUAGCUUUUUAAAUUCUAUUGAAUAUCUUUGUAAAAUUGUAUUUGAAAUGCACAAAAAUCCUAAUUUUCUUAUUUCAACUAAGCAUAAAUUUAAGAAAACCUUAUUAAUGACUACUUUAAAUACAGGCUUGUAGUUAUUCCAAUUAACUUAUUGUGAUCAAAUUGAAAAAUUAAUUAUUAAAUACUUAAAUGAAAGUGUAUUACAUAUAUUAGUGAUUUGGUUUUUUGAUAGUGAUUCAAACAAUACUUUUUAAAGAAACUUUUUUAUGUAUUCAUUAAUAUAUUUAAUUUUUAAGGUUUUUAAACUUAUUACUUAAUUAAGCACAUUCUGCAUUGAUAUCAACACUUUUUUUUAAAAUAGGAUUUAUUGCUUCCCUUUAAAAUGCCUACUCUAGAUUUUAUAUGAAUGGAAUCAAAAAUGAUUCAAAUUACGAAAAUCUAUCUUACUAUAUACAAAUUAUUAUUGAAUUAAUUUAAAAUGUAUAGAUUAUGUGUAGAUUAAGGUUAUUCAUAAGAGAUAAUUAGUUUAAAUUGAAAAAAAUUUAGAGACAAUGUAAUCAUGGCAUAUCAUAACAGGAAAUAAAUAUAUAGAAUUAUCUAAAUCGAUAACAAAUACUCAUAUAAUAUCAGAGAAUAUGUUAAAUUUAGAAAAACAAUCAUAAAAUACUACAAAGUAUGCAAGUUUUCAUAGAACUGAAGAUCGAGGAAAGAAAGAAAGGAAAGUUGGUGAAAUUUUAAUUUAAAAAGAAAGAUCAACAUUAUCAAGGAAAUCCUUAUUACUUUCACCAAGAUUAUAACCUAUAAGUCCUGCAUUACCAAAUAAAUUUAAUUAAUAAAGUUCUUGA